AUGUGUCUACACUCUUGGCCUCUUCCUCAUAUCGGGGACUGGCCUCGAAGGUUGCUCCACAUCCCUAGCAAGACGUCACUGAAAUGGAAACAGGGCAAUGUUUACGGAAACAAGGAGGGCCAAGAGUAUGAAGUCUCAACAUACAGCGCCCUGUCGUACACCUGGGGCCGUUUCAAAAUCCCCGAUGGCACACGUGCAGAUGUCGAGGCGAUCAACAUUCGUGAUGUGGAAUGGCCCAUACCUCGUGUUUACCCCGACCAUUUCACGGUUGAUAACUUUCAACAAGUUAUUGAUAGGAUUGGGGCAAUCGACGGGAUUGACGAAACCGACGCCUUCCUUUGGCUUGACGUCGCCUGUAUUGACCAGCACGAAAAUUCGUAUGACAAUCGGGUGGAAGUCGGUCGACAGGCUGCCAUAUUCAAGAAGGCAAGGAAAACUUACGUCUGGAUUUCAACUGUUGCGUUUGAAGAUUGGCAGUUGCUCCACGCGGAGAAGGAUUCUGACAUAUAUUGGGACCAUAUCCACCUUGUGGAGAGAAUUGUCAAAGACCCUUGGUUUACAUCCCUCUGGACAUUGCAAGAAGCAUAUCUCAGCUUAAUGGAUUAUGAGAAGAAUCAUAUUUUGGGCGGGAUAGGCGAAGAACUUUUCGCGAUGUCCAAGUAUAAACUAUCUUUGGAGUCGAUUUGUAGAAUGUGUGUCUGGCUGGAGGGUAUCCUUGAAGCGCCCGCAUACCUGAAAGACAUUGCAGAAGAAGAAAAAGCAAAGGCAAAAGCCAGAGUUCAGAUGUUGCACGAAACAGGACUCUCUGCAAUUUCCUCACAUAACCCCAUGCUGCUCUAUGGCGUGGCAGCGAAUCGUCGACCGACCAACAAACUGGACGAAAUUUACGGCAUUCAGCAGAUUUUUGGCUAUCAGCUUGGUAAUACUGCUCCGGGUCAUGAGGGGGAAAACUUCAAGAUUGAUGUGCUCGAGGAUCAGUUUGGGGCUCGUCUGGUUCAAGAUUACCCCCUGGAGAGUCAGAUGCAUUACUUCAGCACAGCACAAGAUCCUGGGAGAGGCUGGCAUAUAAAUCAGUCCUCCAGGAUACCGUCAUUCGAGUCGCGGUGGGGCUCGUUGCGGUUCAUGUUUGGACACCGUCGCCUUGAGAUAUUGUGCGAGUACAUCGGGUCUAGAAGCAUCGAGGGUCAGCUUAUAGGUCACUUUUCCGGGCGUCUUUGCAGAGCUGAAAAUUUGUUGAAAGCGUUUUUAAACCAUGGGAGUGUUGAACUUUUUGUUGCACUCGACUGCCGCAAACUCGAUCAUAGCACUGGCUCUGGGUUGAGUCCAUUCACGACAUUUAUACGGUUCGACGCCUUCAGCGACUUUGUCGACUUCGACUACUUCAAUAGCCUCGAUGCCCCUGACCUCAGAGUUGGACGUUCCAAAUACCAAAGCAAGUUGGACGAUCUUGAGACAGAACUGAAGAGAACUCGUAAGCUCGAUACUAAGGUCCUUAAACUCGGGAAGAUUAAGGUUGCGGAUGCCAGCAGCGACCUUCGCAGUUCAAGUAUGAAACAUGGAAAGGUCCGAAUAUAUAAAUACGAGACUGUGAUCAGUGGUCUGAUCCUAGAAAAGCAAGCACCUAAUCACUGGAGGCGUUUGGGAAUCUGCCUUUGGAAACUUAAUGGGGAGAAUGAGAACCUGGAAGACAUUGGAGGGAUAGAAUGGGCAAACGGGAGUGGGUAUUUUGGGUAA